CCGACACUGGUGAGUGGUUCUUGGGUAGGAAAGUAUCUUAUUAAUUAUUAUUAUUUGAUUUCUAAGAUAUCCGUACAGAUAUUCUCAUGAAUCUUGUUGACAGAGUCAUGGCAUUGACUCUGUUGACUCAUUGCAAUUGACUCUGUUUGACGCAUUGACUCUGAUCAUUGAUUGUGUCAUUGAUCACAUUGAUCAUUGUCAUUGAUCAUUGAUUGAUUGUGAUUGACUCUUGUAAGCCGUGAAGCAAGAUGGAUAUUCAAUUGAAAUAACUAGACGAGUUAAACCCAGCUGGUGAGUCAUGGAGAGCUGGCUGACGGAGGCUCUGGGCGCGCCGGCCGGCGGGGAUCUGGCGGCGCUGCUGCCCGACCCCGGUCAGCUGCAGCUGGACUUUUCCGUGCCGCUGGAGCUGCUGUACGACGAGGUGACGGCGUUCCGGUGCCGGCUGUGCUCGGAGCUGUUCGGCUCGCUGGUGGCCAUCACCGAGCACAUCGAGCAGCGUCACUGCCAGCCGGAGGCGGCGCCGGCCGCCCCCGCCCCUGCGCCGCCGCCGCCGCCGGCCGCGCCGCUGGACCGGCCGCAGCUCGGCGACAAACAGCUGUUCCUCUGCAGCGAGUGUGGCCACGUGUCCGACACGCUGCGCGACUGCAAGCUGCACCUGAAGCGCGCCCACCUCUCCAGAAAGCGGCGCGAGACGGCGGCGGCCACCGGCAGCGCCGGCGCCGCCACCAAACCGGCCGAGCCGCCCGCCGCAGACGAGACGCAGCCGAAAAAGACGCGCGAGCGCCGACCGCCGCCCAAGCUGCGCCACGAUAAACGGUUCCAGUGCCGCGUGGAGAAGUGUUCGCUGCGCUUCACGUGCGAGCAGUACCGCGCCACGCACGAGCGGUGCCACGUGACGGCCAAGUCGUUCAAGUGCAGCCAGUGCACUGAGUUCACCACCACCAGCUGGACGCGAGUAAUGACGCACAUGUGGCGCGCGCACGGCACCGACCUGGACCUGUUCAAGUGCGACAAGUGCCGGUUCCGGUGCGCGCUCUACAGCAACAUGGAGAACCACCGGCAGCUGCACGUCAGCGAGCGCCGCUUCGUCUGCACCGAGUGCAACAAGGGCUUCCGGCAGCUGUCGCAGCUGCUCAACCACCGGGUGGUGCACGCCGAGGGCGCCGGCCGGCUCUCGGUCCCAAAGUGGUUCCGGCCGCACGUCUGCCCCACCUGCUCCAAGAUGUUCAGCUCGGUGAAGACGCUGCGCAUCCACCAGCGCAUUCUGCACGAGAAGGUGCGCAGCUUCUGCUGCCGCGUGUGCAACCACACGUCGGCCACCAAGGCGCUGCUGCAGCUCCACAUGCGCGGACACAGCGGCGAGACGCCGUUCGUCUGCACAGAACCCGGCUGCGACUACAAGACCCGCGACCCCAGCACCUUCCGCAGGCACAAGAUGCGGCACACUGGCGUGCGGCCGUACAGCUGUCCUCACUGCGACUACGAGUGCAUCCAGUCGAGCGCCAUCAAGUCGCACAUCAUCAACCGGCACGGCGGUCUUGGCAUCUUCCGCUGCCAGCUCUGCAACUUCUGCACUGUCAACGAGAUCUCGUACGGCAUGCACAUGAGCGACCACCAGAAGGGUCUGAUGGCCGCGGCCAGCGAGGAGGAGGACGAUCCGGCCGCCGCCGCCGAGCCGAUGCUCUCCGGGUACGCGGCUCCGGCUCCGGCGGCUCCGGGCGCCGAGCCGCCGGCCGUGCGGCACGAGUACGUGUUCACCAUCGCUCCAGACUCGCCGGCCGAGGACCGCGGCGGCAUCAGCAUCCCGGCGGGUCAGGAAGAGCAGCACCUGGUGACGGGCAUCAUUGGAGGCGACAUACGGUGACGUGACAAUACAUGAUGACUCUGUGUGUAUGA